AGGUUGAGUCUUAGAUAUUUUCUUGCUCACUAAUUUUCAUAGUCGCCGAAGUAACCUCGAUUGCGGUUGAAGAACAUAGCAAUCUUAAGCGACCGCGUUUAACGAGCCGAGCACGAUCGGGAGAGUCAACAACGCUCAGCAAGGAACGGAUCCACCCUCAUAUGAGAUGAAAGAAGCUUAGAAGGGGACAAAGAGACAAACAUGUUUCUCGGCCUUUUUGCGUGCGGAGGCAUCGUCUCUAUUAUCUCCGGACGACGCAAUGGAACUGCGCUUCUUCAAAACUUAAGCCUCGUCUCGUCGCAUUACAGAUCGCCGACGUAUUUUCGCGCGCCACGACAGGAUGUGUACUGCAUUUGCUGUCCAUGACAGUCCCAAGACUCUUCGGCACCUGAGGAAAUCGGAAGUUUGAUCAGGGGGACUGUAUACCUGACCCCAGUCAAAGGAAGUUCUCUGAUAAAGAGACACGUUCCGUGAUGCUGUGAAUCAAUGCGGAACAGAAAGAGAUACAGACAAAGCCAUUUUCCUGGGCCACGACCUCGUAACGACAAAGAGGCGGGUGAUAGCAUUUCUGCGGAUAAAUAGCCCAGAGAAACCCCGAGCAACAAAACAUGGAUGAUAAGCGUCCUUGAAAUAGGUAUGAACUGUCCUCAAGCAAAAAUAUCUAAAUGUUCGUUUGCUUCGAAGUACCUUAUGAAUGAAUGGUCUCCAACUUGAAUUCGGGUGACUCAUAUACGCGUCACCGACAUACACACUUUUUGCGGUAGCCAUGACAAACAAAGUGCGAAUGAGGAUUUGUGAAGAAGAGGAGCUUUAGUGGAAGUUGAUACAUAGCUAAAACGGGGAAAGCGGCCUAGCGGGAUAAAUGAUAACCAUAACCACCCGAAUAGGAACCGUCCGCCCAUGUUGCGCUUGACAGUGAUCUUCCACCUUCUCUCCCUCCUCCUCAUCGUCCUAUCUGCAGAACAACAGUUCCCUCUUAGUACUGAUGAUGGAUCAAGGGAACCAAUAACCCCUCUUCGCUUCGAGCUGCGCCAUUAUCAUGGCGUCGGACCUGAUGCUCAAGUCCUCUUUCAUGACGCACACGAUCACUCCGACCAGUCAUUGGCUUCCGAAACCUUCAACAACCCACCAUACGUCUUGCAAACUAGACGUAUUAAAUCUAGUAGACCGUCUUCGAUAGAUGGAUAUCUACUAGCUCGCUCACGAUCUAGCCAAGGCGAAGGCAAUGAAGCAUUCAAGUGGGAGGAGGAUGAUAUCGAUGGACCAGAUACGGAAAGCCGCGAGACUCUCUUGGAGCUUGCUAAGAUGACGAACAAUGCCUACCUCGAGCCAGGAGAGUCGGGUUGGUAUGAUUUGGGUGGCAAGUGGAAUGUCUCAUAUCCUUUCGGAUGGGAAGAAGACCAAGAUGGGUUCCGGGGCCACAUCUUUGCGACUCCAGACAACUCUACUGUCGUCUUGUCUAUUAAAGGCACAUCUGCAUCUUUCAUCGGUGGUGGUGGCCCCACGUCCAAGAGGGACAAGUUCAAUGACAACCUGCUCUUCAGCUGCUGUUGCGCGAGGAUUGAUUGGUCAUGGACCACAGUGUGUGAUUGCUAUCGAGGUGGAUGGAAAUGUGACCAGGCCUGUUUGGAGAAAGCUUUGAUCGAUGAUAGUUUAUUUUACCCUCUUGGAAUGAAUUUGUACAAUAAUGUGACAUAUAUGUACCCAGACUCUAACAUCUGGGUAAUCGGUCAUUCGCUCGGCGGAACACUUGCCUCAUUAAUGGGUGUCACCUUCGGCGCACCUGCCGUAGCCUUCGAAUCUCCCGGUGAGAGGUUGGCUGCCAGUCGACUUCACGUUUUAUUACCACCGUCCCUUCAACAUGUAACGCACGUCUAUCACACUGCCGACCCGAUUGCCAUGGGUACUUGCAAUGGCGUGUUGUCUUCUUGUGCCCUCGGCGGGUAUGCACUGGAAACUCGAUGCCAUCUAGGCAAGUCGAUAAUUUACGACACGGUGUCUAACCUCUCCUGGGCGGUAGACAUCCGCACUCACACUAUAUCGACCAUUAUUGAGAAGUUACUUGGUGAACCUUGGGCAGUGAGUGAGGAAGAGGGUAAGGAAGUACCCGAGUUCGUAACGGAGGAUGACUGUGUGGUAUGUCGCUGUUUUCCCCUUCAUUAUUUAGAGCACGUUCGCCUGACUGUCGAUCCUUAUCCAGGAGUGUUAUAGUUGGGAGUUUGGUGACCUCCCACCAGACAAGAAGUUCAUUUCUAGUAACAGAACUUCACCGGGCUAUUGUGGACUCCGGACUUGGACUUGAUGGCAACCUCUUCGGACCUUCUUGUGUAUUUGUAUAUUGUUCGUUUAGACACCUGACGAAUGUUCUUCUCAUUUUGAUGUCAGUUCGCAAGAUGUAUCUAUAAAGCUUGAUAUCGGGGUAGGAAGGUUAACUCUUAGAGUACCCCCAACUUUCUCUCCAGACAAUGUCUGGAGAUAAACUCGGCAACAGCCGAGGUCUCAGUCAGGAAUGCGACAUACCCGAUUUGGCAUAAUUGUUGCCUUUUGAGGUAUAUUCGCAUGACUGGCGAGAGGACGUCAAUAAAAUAAGGUAAAAAAG